GGCGCAGUGAGCUGGAGCAGCAGACGUCUUCAUCAUCACAGUCACGUUUGUUUACGUUCAUGCUUCUUAUCUGAUCCCAGGUCGCUUGGGUUUCUCUAUUUCUGGGGACCCAGUGUCGCUCUGCAGCCGCAGCACCAACCUUCAGCUUGACGCUGUGACCAUUUUGGGAGCAUGGCCGACGGUCCAGAGGCUGAUGUUGACGACCCACCCAGCAUCAAUUUCCCCCCGCUCAUCACCGUGUCCGAUCUACCCAGCGCUACAGCUGCAGGUCGUAACCUGAAGGAAUGGCUGCAGGAGCAGUUCUGCGACAAACCCCUGGAACAGGAUGACAUGCGCCUCCACAACGCGGCCUAUGUCGGAGAUCUGGACACCCUGAGGAACCUGCUGCAGGAAGACGGUUUCAGACGGCGUAUCAAUGAGAAGUCUGUGUGGUGUUGUGGCUGUUUGCCCUGCACCCCUCUGAGGAUUGCAGCCACAGCGGGACACGCAGCAUGCGUGGCCUAUCUGAUCGCUCAGGGAGCCGAGGUGGACCUAGUUGAUGUCAAAGGCCAAACAGCUCUGUAUGUAGCUGUGGUUAAUGGUCACCUGGACUGUGUACGGAUUCUUCUUGAAGCUGGAGCCGAUCCCAAUGGUAGCCGCCACCACCGCAGUACCCCGCUGUACCAUGCUGCACGAGUGGGGAGGCUGGACAUACUGCAGGAGCUCAUCAGGUUCAAUGCUGAUGUUGACAUGGACCACCAGCUGGGUCCGCGGCUCCUGUUAAGCGCUCGAACCCUCAACACUCUAGUGGUCUGCCCUCUUUACAUAAGCGCAGCCUACCACCACCUUCACUGUUUCCGGCUGCUGCUCCAGGCCGGCGCUCAGCCCGACUUCAAUUACACAGGUCCUGUCUGCCAUGAGGCUUUGACACGAGGUUUGGCUUCCUGCCUGCUGGAUGCAGUCCUGCGACACGGAUGUGAAGUGGCCUUCAUCCACCUGCUGCUGGACCACGGAGCGAACCCAGCCCUCGUGCCCUGGGAUGAUUCGGAUUUGGAGGCUCCAAAUCGAAGGAAAGUUGAUCCAGAGGCACUCAGUGUCUUCUUGGAAGGAAAAAGAAACCCUCGUAGGCUGACACAUUUGUGUCGCAUCAGGAUCCGCAGAACGAUGGGCAAAAAUCGUCUAAACCACAUAUCUUCUUUACCGCUUCCAGAACCUAUCAAGAUUUUCUUGCUUCACCAAAACUGACCAUCAUCCACCUACUGGUCUUGUUAAAUGUUCAUUUAACCCAGUCUUUAAAAGAAACCUCAGUCAGUCCCAAAGACACACUACUGCAUAAACACUGUAAACCCAGAUUGCUAAUUGCUUAUUAUUUUUUAUUAAGAAAUAGUUAUUAAUAAUAUUUUCCAAAUAAUAUUUGUUUGGAAAUCAUCAUUUAUGUAAAAAAAAAAAAAAUCUUCCUCGCCGUGUAAAAUGCUUCUUAUCUUAUCAGAGAAGCCAUAGUUAUGUAUUGACUUGUGGAAACUGUGUGUGUAUUCUAAAUGUUUGCCUUGUGACCUCCCAGAUCACCAGGACGAGUCCUGCUAAUACUUCAAGUAGCACUUUUUAGCUCAACGACCAGAGCGAGAAUCUCAUUUGAAGCAACGACUUAAACAAGCCAUGUUAUAAAUACCCCAUCCACGGGCAGAGAAGAAUAUUGUCCAGAUGCAGCUCCUUGAAUUGUUUGGUUGUUGUUUUAUGUAAACCAGGCAGAAUGACGGCAAAAAUGUGCAAAAAAAUCCACACGCUAGAUCCUCUUUGUUAGCCACGUGCCUUAACUUUGAGUUUGGGAAAAGUGGCUUCAAAGAUUGAUCAGACCAGAGUUAGUUACGGUAAUCCAAAUUAAUCGAGUGUGAUGUUCCCGGAUGAGCAAUUUAAGGACCUUGAUUGUAAAGUUUACAUUUUGUGACGUACAUGUCAGCAUCAAAAUAAAAAUUUAAAAAAGCCUUUUUUUCAGGGGGGCAUUUAGAUUGUUUCAAUAAAUGUAAUGAAACUCCUUUUCUGUGACAUUGACAAUCUGUCAACUAGUGAAUGAAAUCUAUUUGUGAUAAACAGAAUAAGUUUGUAUUUAUUAGAUGCCAUCUCUGGGAGUCUACUGCACCUACUGUGUACUGUGCAUGUCUGUUGCACAGCCUAUCUUGUCCUCAAACAUUGACAUUUAAAUGUUGACCAUGUUGAGACAGUUGUGCUUUAUAUAUUUCAUCUCUAUUUGAAUGAGUAAAUGUAUGUAAUUGUAUAAUAUCUCUUGUGUUUUGUGUUCAUUUUUUGUGAGUGAGGGGAGGUGGGUGAGUGGGUCAGUCUUCCAAAGUAGGAUCCCUCUGCGUGGUCUUUGUUCUGUUAGCUAUCUUCCUUGAACAUAUCUAAUUAGAGAUAAUUAUCUCUCCCCUCCUUUCCUCGCAGUCUCGUCCAAGAUCUCUUUGUAGUCCAAAAUAUCAUGUCUCAAUCUUUUUCAGCCUAGGGAACCCUCAUAGUCCUAGCUCUGAGAGCAUGCAUCCACUGUUAGUUUCAAUGAUUGGUUUGCUCCAAAAUUGAGUUUUUAGUCUUAUGUUUCAUCUCUCAUGACUGUAGCCUUGCUGUUUCUCAUUGUUGUUUUUCAGCUUGUGAUAUUUAUAGAUGCGUAAUUUUUAAAACAAGAGUGACGAUGUCUCAAUGGGUUCAUGUAUUACUGAUGUGAGGCCGAUGAAUGAACCAGGAUAUCCACGAUGGCUGAGAAAACCGCGUUUUGGUGAAAACAUAAGAGGCCCAGUGGAAAAUGCACAGCCUGGGAAACCCUGAAUAAAAGCAGCAGGGAGC